CGCCAAGAAUAGAGAAAGCACUCCAGGUGCUAGGGAUAGCUGCGAACCACGAGGUAGUUCUCCCCAGUUCACCCCAACAUCAGGCAUGAAACAAUAGUUGCCAAGGUUCUAUGAGAGAUUAUAUAAUAGUCGAAGCUUGCUUGAUGUAAAGAAGAAGCCCAUCCGGGCCCGCUGGACCGUUGCACUUAGAAUGGAUCAACCAGAAGGACUGGGAGGUCAAUGGCACCCAGAUCAUCGGGACCUACAAGCGCCCGGGUUUCCGUUUGAACGACACCUUGCGCAUGGCCUUGGGCCGCUCCACCUCCAUGGCCUUGAGCCAGGUGAGACAACAACCGAAGCUCAUGUCUGGUGCCAAGUACUUCAACGAAGAUUUGGACUCCUUGAUGCAAAAAGGCCCUGAGGCGGCUGAAAGCGUCCAAAUGGAUCUGGCGGCCUUGAAGGAGGAAGAAGAGGCCUAUGCGGUACUGCUGUGGAACCACGACAGCCAUAAGUUGCUCCCCUUCGGAGCCACGCAGCGUGAGGUGCUGGCUCGAGUGGUUCGCUGGUGGGAAGGCUUUCUGGAGAUGCCAGUGAGGAAUCUCCCAGAUCCCCAGAGGCUACAGCAGAUGUUGGUGGAUGCACGGCAUGCUGCAUCUGCCUUAGCAUUCCCCCCAGGAGCCGGUCCUGGCUUGGCCGCCCCGCCAGUUGCAGCACCGGCGGUCGGGGCGAUCCAAGCUGAGGCUGGCGAUCAGGCAUUCAAAGGAAAGGAAGCUUCUGCCGAUGCAAGACUCCUUGGAAUCAGCUUUCAAGGCAUUGUGAGAGACGAGCGAACUUGGAGGGAUGUCUCAAAGGAACUUUCAGAGGAGGAGUUCAAAGAUUGGGGC